AUGUCCAUCAUCUACAAAGAGCGCGAACGAGGCCGCGAUUGGGAGUCGGAGUCCUCGCGAGACGGAACCCGCACAUAUACUACAGUCAAGCGCUACAAGAUUCCAGACUACAGCUUGGAGGAAGACGACGAGUACGAGUCCCAGUUGCGCAUCGUGCGCCGCGAGGUCGACCGCGAGCCUUCCCGCGAGCAUCGCCACACCCGCGAGUACAUUGUCGAGCGCAGCCCUUCCCCAGAAGUCCGCGAAUAUCGUUACAUCAAGCGCGAGGUUGAACGUUCUCCUUCCCCGCCCGUUCGCGAAUUCCGUGAGGUGCGCAUCCAGCGCGAGGUGGAGCGAUCUCCGUCCCCCCCACCUGUCCGGGAGCGACUGGAGCGCGAGUAUCGCUUCGAGCGUGAGUAUGAGCGAGAACCCGUCAGAGAAGCGCCAUUCGAAUUGGAGAAGUAUUCGAGGUCUACUGAAUAUUUCCGGCCCGAGCCGCCCCCGCCCCAGCCCAUCAUCAUCCGCCAGGAAGCCCCUCAGCCCAUCAUCCUGCAGGAGCCCGUUCGCCAGCAGAUCAUUGUGCGCCGAGAAGAGCCCACCUACGAGAUCGUGGAACGGACCGAGGUUGCGGAAGAACGUCGCGAGCCCCGUCGCGAGCCUCGCCACGAUGAAGACUACUACUACGAGCGCAAAGUCAAGAAGGUCGAGCGCGACGGCCACCCCGAGGAGAACUACUACGAGGAGCGCGAAUACGGUCGCGACCGUUACGGUGAUAGAGAGUACUAUAGCGACGACGACGUCGUAUUCAUUCGCAAAGAGCGGGACACCUGGGGCCGUGACCACAGCCCUCACCACAAGCGGCAUCUUGCUGAAGGCGUCCUGGGCGGCGUGGCAGCAGCCGAGCUCCUGCGCCAUCAUCGCAAGAAGCAAGGUGAAGACCCGGGCAAUCAUAUUCGUCAAGCACUUGGUUAUGGAGCUUUGGGCGCCGUGGGCGCCGAAGCUGUGAGCCGGAUUAAGGGUAGCUCUCGUUCCAGGUCCAGCUCCUCCGAACGACGAGGUCGUAAACGACGCAGCCGGUCCACCUCCAAGGCAAAGAAGCUGGGCACUCUCGCCGCUGUUGCUGGAAUCGGCGCCCUUGCCUACGCCGCUGGCCGGAAGAAUAGCAACAACACGACCGUUAUCGAAGAUCGCCGCAGUCGUUCGAGAAGGAGGAGGUCUUCUGUUUCAUCAGACAGCGACAGAGCUCGCUCGGAGACCCGACACAUGGAUCCUAAGCAUCGCAGCCGCAAGGUUGCACAGGCAGGUCUCGCUACUGCAGCAGUUGCCGGGCUUGUAGAGCACCAGCGAAACAAGUCGCGUGAGCGCAAAGGCGAGCGCAGCCGCAGCCGCAUCCGACAAGGCAUCCCCAUUGCUGCCGCUGGCGUGGCCGGUGCAGCUGUUACCGGGCUCUACGAGAAGCACAAGGCAAAGAAGGAGGCUAAAGAGCUAUCGCGGUCAAGAUCCAGGUCUCGGUCUAGAUCCAGGUCGGUACAUUCCGGUCGUCGACGCCGUCAUAGCACAGCAAGUGACAGUGCCCUUGUAGAGUACGGUGGUGAUCCCAUCUACACCGAUCCCGCUGGCCGGCGUUCUCGAGACUACGAUGAACCCUCCGAACACAGACGCAGGCGCCGCGGUUCAUCGAGCUCGUCAGACGAUGGAGGGCGCCGGCAUCGUUCAAGCCGCAGCCGGAGCAAGAGCGCCACUCGAAAGGCGGCCGAGACGGCGGCCCUAGCUGGUGUUGCCGGUUUGGCUGCGCAUGAGGCUGCGAAGCGCAGAGAUCGUAAGAAGGCCGAAAAGGAGCGCCAACGGCAGCAAGAAGACGCAGCAUACUCGACCGGCAGCUACAGUCCCACCCACGCACCCUCGGAUCCCCAAUAUUUCCCUCAAACCAACGAGUUCCCACCUCCACCGACCCAAACGCCCAACGACCCCAACUACCCUCCUUACAACGCCUACCACCCGUACAACCCAGCCGAAUACCCCCCACCGCCGAACGUCCCGUACAAUCCCGCCGACUACCCGCCUCCUCCCAACUUUCCCCCCACAGGCUACACCCCUCCGCCCCAGCAAAUGCACCCGGAACCUGGCAACCCUUAUGCGCCCCGUCGCGGUCCGGAUGACCAUGUGAGUGCUCCUGCUCCUGAAUAUGCGGAUCCCGAGCACAGUUUUCGUGGUGGGUCGAGGCCGUCCGCCAAUGUAAGAGACAGAGAGACGAGGGCAAGGGCGCCUUCUCCGGCGGGCAAGAGAGUCGAGUUCGAUUUGAACCCGACAGAAGUGCCGCCGUCGCCGGUGCUGGAGUCGGAGAGGGAGCGAUCGCGGUCAAGGUCCCCUGACCGUAGGAGAAGGAGGGAUGAAGACCGUAGUUCUAGAGAUAAGGAUAAGGACCGCUCCUCACGGAAACGCCAACGCGAGCAAGAUGCCAACGGACGGAGCCGACGGGAACGCAAACGCGACGACUCCCCGGACUCUGUCGCCUCGGACGAUACGAUUGAGUUGCCGCCGAGGUUCGACGAGUAUGGGAGACGCAAGGAGGAUAAUCCGUUGGCGCAGACGUUGGAGAGCGUGUUGAAUCGGUUGUUUGCUUAG